CCGGAAUAUAUUUCGCGUGGCACACGACAACAAUAAUACGGAAGAAGUAGGAAUCAGGUGACACCGCUUGCUGCAUUUGGUUUUUAGUUUCUGACGGUGGAAAAAAAUCAUCGCAUUAUGGAGGACCAGGAGAUGCAACUGAAAGUCAGACGAGUGACGGACAAAUUCACGGAGAGCAUGUACGUGCUGGCAAACGAGCCGUCUGUGGCUCUCUACAGGCUGCAGGAGCACGUCAGGAGGUCGCUGCCUGAAUUGGUGCAACACAAGACAGAUAUGCAGAGUUGGGAGGAACAAAGCCAAGGAGCCAUCUAUACUGUAGAGUAUGCAUGCAGUGCCGUGAAGAGCAUGACAAACAGCAGCCUGUAUUUCAAAAACAUUGACAGCCUUCUCCGUCAAGCCAUCAGCAUGAAGGAACAGAUCAGUAACUCUCAAGGACGCAGCUUACAUGAUGUGACUCCCUCUCCCAGCCCCCUUGUCUCCACUCCACAUGCCCCAUCCUCAUGAUCUCUGCUCAAAGGUGUCCCAGGAAAAGGACUGUGGAUUCAGGCAUGCUGAAGGAGGGGGGAGAAAAGCACGGCUCUGGGAUGUGACGUGACUUCCUGCGUUGGCUCUACAGUGUCUUGCUCUGCUACCUAUUGAUUGCAGCUGAAGUGGGGUCAUAAGAGCGACACCUCCUCAUCACAAUGGAGUGACUGCCUCCACUGAACCCCCAGUACAAGCCACUCAGUGGAACAGAGCACACCAGCGCUGCCAGGUUCAGCAUUAAAAACACUUAAGUCAUGGCUGCUCAAAGAAUGCAUUGUUCUCUGGGAUUCGCUGGACGGAUCAGCGAGAAAGCAGCAGUGAUGUUUUUUUGCCUCCGCUGUUGAAAAUCCACUGCACUGCCAAUGUUUUGGACACUAGUUUUCAGGCUUUUGUGAGUUUAUUGUUAAAGGUUAAUGUGUAAAAAGUGGUCUGCAAGCCAGAUUGGGCAACACAUGCUUACACAAAAGUGCAAACUCUCAAAAAGUAAAAAAAUCUUCAUGUUUUUUCUUUUUCUUUUAUUUGUACCUGCCAAGUAGACUGAAACUCCCAGGCAGAAGAGUCCAAUAGCCACAUGUCGUACUGCUCUGCUGUCCAAAAGGAACCAGUCUGCUCUGUGGAAGGAAAAAUCACAAGUUUGAUGUCAUUCCUCGCACAAAUUUACACUUGAAUGUUCGUAUUUAUGUUUGCAUUAGUGCAUGAAUUAAGACACCUGGAAGCAACUUAAAUUUUGUUCUUGCUGUACAAUUAAACUAUUCUUGCCCCUCUUCUGAGUGUGCACUGUUAAAGUAAUGUAAAACGCUUGAUUAGGGGUUCCUAGGAUAAUAGUAGGAAUUUGGUGACCCUCAUUACUAUUCACAUUUUCUUGGAAUGUCCCCUCUGUCAGUAGGGAGGUCCUGAGCCACGCUGGAUUUGAAUACCGACGUGGGAAAGGGCCAGCUAGAGGCCGUGCGCCGGGUGCAUAAUGAGAGGAAGGCCAUUGUUUAGAUAGGAUCCGUAAGUGUGGAGAGGAGGGGGUGGGCCAACAACAUUGCAGUGCGGGCCUCUGCACUCUGACACAUAAGGUAGCCCCCUUUUACGCUUCUGAAACUGUGUUAUUCUUUUAAUGAAACUGAAUAGUUAAAUAUAAUAUCCAGGAUAAGGCUGCGGUUUUACAGAGUUCACAAUAAAAGAAGAUUGUGUGGGCAAGAGGCGAAACGCAUACUAAACAGAUUAAAGGUUGUUUCCCACUUUUAGCAACAGUGCUGUGCACCGACUGUGAUUAGAAAAUAGGAACCCAUAUGGCCUGAAGCUAUAACCUUAUAAUAAAUUUUACCGUACUUAAAAUAUUAUGUUUUUGAAGGCACUAAUUGAAUUCUGGGGUUUAUGUGAUAUGUUUUUUUGUGUUAGUGUUUCGCUUUGUCUUUAUGAAGAAUGAAAUAUAUGUGUGUGACAGAAUCAUCUCACAAUCUACUAACUGCAUCUCCAACAACAACCCCAAAUUAAAGGAUAAAGUUCCUAAUUUUUGACACUGUUGCAACAACAAUAAACAGCUGUGUUGAAUUUC